AUGAUGAUUUGUGGUGAAACAAACUUUUUAGGUUUCAUACUUCAGUGGAACUUUUUCUUAAAAGCUGUCAAAAUAACGGCGUCCUUUCGAAACGACGCCAGUGCCAACAAACACGCUAUGGAUAUAUACAAAGAAUUUUUGUAUCGUCUUCGAAAUUACAACCUACAAGAUGUGUAUUUAUUCUUGCACGAAGAUUUAUCGCCCAAAUUAAAAGAAUAUAUUUGUUUAUUACGAGACGUACCUUUCGAGGAUGGAUUGUAUCACACAUAUUAUGCUGAUGUUAAAAAAGUAGUCUCCACUUUCAUGAAUUACUUUAUUCAAACUAUCGACGAGGUUACCUUAGAAGUAGAUAAAUAUACUAACGUAUUGUGUAAAGAUGACUUGAUAAAUUUAAUGGAAAAGACAGUUUCGAUACACGAAAAAAAUCAAAUUGAUUUUGCUAAUGAUUAUUUACCAAUAAAAGCACCAAUCGAAAAACAAAUUUAUGAAGAAAUAGAAAGCAAAUAUGAUAUUUUUAAAUGUAAAUUAAAAGAAUUUCAAUCGAAAUUGGAGCAAUUAAAUAAGAAAGAACAAAUAGACGAAUUUGCAAAAUCAAACCAUUUUCAGUUUUCAUUGAAAAAAUCUAGUGACUUGUUUCAUUUUGUGCAUAUAUUUAUUGGUAUGAUGGUAGCGGAUCGUUUAUACCAGAUCCGUGUCAGCCUUGAAGAGAUACUCCUUCGUGUUCGAAACAAUCUCCAGCUAAUGCGGGACGAGGAGGAAGAGGUAUUAAACGGGCUACUCAAUGAGCUAUACGACAAGAAUAAAGAACAGCUGUUUAUAAAUAGAUCGUACAAGCGUUACUCCAUGGAGGAAGCGGAAGUUAGUGUUGUGGUAUUAAGAAAAUUAUAUACUGUAUUUUAA